UGUCACUUGUCAGUGUUAGUUUUUUAUUUACUAUUUUAUACAAUUUUAAAACAAUAUUUCUUCACAUAAAAUGUUCAUAUGCUUAUUUAAUUCAUAAUUAUUAUUCCAAUAUUUUUGUUUUAUUGGUUUUUAUAAUUUAAAAUGUCAAUAGUUGUCACUAAAGCAGCUUUAGCUUUGAAAAAUGCGGAGAAUAAUUUUCAAUUCGUCAAGUUUGAAUCAUACAAACCUAAAAAGAGAGAAUCUACUUCACAUGACCAAAAUAUUGAGAAAAAGGCACAAUUAAGUCGGAAGUCAAAGAAAGAUUUAGAUCUCAAGCAAAUAAGACAUGAAGUGGUUAAAUUCGGAAUGUCAGGAUUUGAUUCGACUAAGAAAGAGGAGGCAAAAAUUGCCCUAGCCGUAAGUUUAGGUGCCAAACCACCUAAAAGGAAAUACAUAAAUUAUAAAGAGUUGAUGCAGAAACGAAAACUAGAGAAAGAACAAGAGAAGAAUGAGAGACAGCAGAUGAUCUCUAAAAGUUUGUUGAAGACUGGUGGCAAGAAGAAGAAACCUAAUAAUGAUGUUGGUCACUUUUUGAGUGGAUAUGGAAAGGUGCAGAAGAAAGAUUUAAAAAAAGAUGACAAUAGUAAUAAAAAGAAAAGUAAGAAGAAAUGAAAUAUGUUAAUUAAAUAAUUAA